AAACAAAAUGUUUGUUUUGUUACUCUGUGACUCACUCCCCACUGAAAUUUGAAUUAUUUUAGCAAAAACUUUACUUUAUUUAUCCGGAAUUUGAUAAUUUGAGUUAAUUUAGAAAAUCUCUACAAAUAAGACAUCGAACAAUUUCUAUCGGUUAAAAGCCAUAAGUGUAUUAAGUAUCUCUAAUGAAAUGGCUUCGAAGAAACCUACAAAACAAUUUUCGAUGGCUAACUUUGUGACGAGAAAUAGUAAAGAUUCUAGCAACGCCUCUCCAUCCAGCCCUAAGCCUGCUGCUACAAAGUCAUCCAAGUUCACUUUCAAGACCAAAUCUACUGAUAAACCAUGGACACCACCAUACAAGACAGCUACUGAUAACAGUGGCUUUGCUACAUCAUCUACAACAUCUUAUACUUCUCAAGCAUCAAGGUCUAUUCCACAUAGCAACAAUAUAAAUGAUUUAAAGAGAGACCAGCCAUUCAAUAAUGAUAGCAAUGACAUAUUUGAUGGGAUGGAUGUGGAUUAUGAUGACAUACAUGAAAUCAAAAGUAAAACUCCAACACCAAAUAAAGAACAGAACCGAUCAAUCAGAAUCAGCGCUACUCCAAGCCCACCAAAGCCUAAACAUACUGAGGCUGGAGGGAGCAAGAAACUGCAGACACCCAGCAAAGUGAGCCCGAAGAAAGGAAGAGACUCCUUGAGGAAAUUGAAACUAGAUGAGAGUAUUGGAGACUUCUUAAAUAAUAUUUCAAAUCAUCCAGCUUUAAGAUCUUCAGAUGGAGAAAAACUGAAGUCUGAUGAUAAGGAUGAAUGCAAAAUGAUGUAUAUUGAAUUACUAGAGAAAAUAAGUAAUGCCUUUGACAGAAUCCCAGAUUCAAUAAAAGAAAAGUUACCUGGCUUUGAUUCAAAGUACUAUACUAAAAUGAAAAACUUAGGUUGUAAAUUAAAGCACAUUAUUCAAAAGGAAAGUCCAAAUGGAAUUCAUAAGAAAGUAUCAAAGUUAAAGCUGGACAGCAGUGAAAAAAACAAGAAGAAGAAAUCAAUCAGCGAUGACAGUCCUUCACAAAUGUACAUACAUGAUGAUAUUGAUGAUUUUGAUCUAGAGUCCAGUCAAAUUCCAGGGAAAAAGCCAAUAUUUGAUGAUGAACCUGCAACCAACAGCGACACUUCAACACCAGAUUUCGUCAAGUUCAAUAAAGGGGCGGGGCCAAGUAAAACCAUAUAUUCAGACCUUAUGGCCAAAAAAUCACUGUCAUUCGACACGUUUUCCCCUAACGCAUCAAGAAUAGAAGACAAAACCUUACAGUCAGAUUCAGAACUUGAUGUAUCAGGCAAUCAGAAUAAGAGUAAAGGUAAAUUUGUGUUCAAAAGGCCAUCGCGGCUCACGAUAGAGGGACCUAGCGACAAGUCGACGCCAAUCCGAGACGCGCCGUCCAGUACUUUAGAGCGUCUUCGCAACGCCACCGAAAAACUUAAACCAAUGGUUGAACAGCCGACAACUAGUGUUGCACCAAUUUGCAACAGUUCUGUACAAUUCCAACCACCGCAACUGAGUAAAUCUUCCUUGAUGAACUGCAACAAACCCUGUACAAUAGUCUCUCCUAUAGUCCAACAGCCAGAACCAGAUUACGAUGAUGAAGAAGACACCAUCAACAUAAACUUUGAUGAUGAGGCAGAUAUUUUACCGGAGAGCUCUGUGAUCAAUAUAACAGAUUCUCUGCCGUUGUCAGACUCCCUUCCCAAUACUCAGACGGUGAAUGGUAAAGUAAUACCAGUGGAUGAUGAUGGCUGGCCGGAGUACAGGAUAGAAGACUUUGAAGAAGAAAUGGACGCGCUAGACACCAGUAAUAAUGAGCAAAAAGUGAUCAAUUUGAUGGAACUGUCUGUUGUGAAGGAAAAGAAAAAGAGUAAAUACGAAGGAAUGGGCGAUUUUGCGGUCGGAACCAAGAAUGAUGGCAUCACUGGUGAAUUCGACGGCACGUCCUACCCUCACUCGUCGCUCAUGAUGGAGGCUCUCCGGGAGCGCUUCGGGCUGCGCUCGUUCCGCCCCAACCAGCUGCAGGCGGUCAACGCCACGCUGCUGGGCCACGACUGCUUCGUGCUCAUGCCCACUGGAGGGGGUAAAUCCCUGUGCUACCAACUGCCUGCCAUCCUGACUCCGGGGGUGACCAUCGUGAUAUCGCCGCUCAAGUCUCUCAUCUUGGACCAAGUCAAUAAGCUAUUGUCUUUGGAUAUCCCAGCCGCCCACUUAUCAGGCGACGUCUCCCUAUCCGAAGUAGACGAGAUCUACCACAAGCUGUCAAUGAGGGAGCCACUGUUGAAGCUUCUCUACGUCACUCCGGAGAAGAUCAGCAGUUCCCCCAAGUUCCAGAGCAUGUUGGACGCGCUGUACUCAAGGGAGAAGAUCGCUAGGUUCGUAAUAGACGAAGCCCAUUGCGUAUCUCAAUGGGGCCACGACUUCAGGCCAGACUACAAGAAGUUAUUCAUACUGCGAGAGAGGUUCCCUAGAGCACCGCUUAUGGCACUGACUGCUACCGCCACGCCACGGGUCAGACUGGACAUAUUGCAUCAACUUAAGGUGACGAAUUGCAAGUGGUUCCUAUGCAGCUUCAACCGGCCGAACCUCAAGUACGAAGUUGUGGAGAAGAAGCCCAAGUCUGUUAACCAGGAGAUCGCCAAGAUCAUCAAGGAAAAGUUCAUGAAUGUCUCCGGCAUAGUGUACUGCCUGUCGCGGCGCGAGUGCGAGACGCUGUGCGAAGACCUACGUAAAGCUGGUAUCCAGGCGGGCGCGUACCACGCUGGUCUUAGUGACAAGAAGAGAGAGGCCGUGCAGUCGGGCUGGGUCGCUGAUAGGCAUAAAGUUAUCUGCGCGACGAUAGCGUUCGGCAUGGGAGUAGAUAAGGCAGACGUGAGAUAUGUCAUACACCACAGCAUGCCCAAGUCGGUCGAAGGCUACUACCAGGAGACGGGGCGCGCGGGGCGCGACGGCGAGCCGGCGCUAUGUCUCAUGUACUACUCGUACACCGACGUCAUACGAUACCGGAGGCUGCUCGACAUGGAACGAAAUGCGUCUGCCGAAGCGAAGCGCGUGCACAUAGAGAACCUGCUGCGCAUAGUGGAGGUGUGCGAGAGCGUCGGCGAGUGCCGCCGGAGCCAGGUGCUGUCAUACCUCGGCGAGCGACUCAGUCCAGACCAGUGCGACCCCAAGUGUGAUAACUGCAUGAGAAAGGACGAAUUUAAGCCAGUAGACGUGACCGAGGACUGCAAGCGCAUCGUGCGCUGGGUGAGGUCCGCCUCUACUGGUCGCGCGCAGUACACUCUGCUACAUGUGGCGGACGCUCUCCGGGGGUCCAUGCAGCAGCGGCUGAAGGAGCUGCAGAACAGCGAUAUACACGGACGAUGCAAGACCUGGCCCCGAGGGGACCCCCCGCGCCUGCUCCGACAACUCGUAGUUCGCGGGCUGCUGGCGGAGCGUCUGGUUCUACACAACGACAUCGCGUCCGCCUACCUAGCACUGGGCCCGCAAGUCGACCAACUAAUGAACGGCAACCUCAAGAUAAUCUUCCCCAUGAAGUGUGAGAAGAAGUCCUCACUAGUCACAUCAUCAGACCCGUCCCGGCUCGCGCCCGCCGCGCCCGUCACGGCGCUAGUGAGGAGGAUUGAAGACCGUUGUUAUGCAGAUUUAGUUGAGGCUUGCAGGGAGAUGGGCGCGGCUCGCAACAUCACGCUUGUAGCAGUCAUGCCGCUAGCAGCCCUAAAAGCCAUGGCGGCGCGGCUGCCCGAGACGGCUGAAGACAUGUUGUCAUUACCUCAUGUUACAAGAGCUAACUACGACAAGUUCGGGCAUCAGCUGUUGACGAUUACCAGCCAGUAUGCUGUGGAGAAGAUGGGCCUCCUAAUGCAAUACCAAGACGAGUUAGAAGCGGAAACCUCCGCCCAGGCGGCGCCCCAGAACGACUUUCAAGACGACUCAGGGGCGGGCUCGGACACGGACUGGGGCGCGCUGGGGCGGGCCAGUGGGGGCGGCAGUAGUGGGGGCGGGUAUAGAGGCCGUGGCGGGCGCAGGGGCGGCGUGAGGAAGAGAUUCAAGCGCGGCGGCGGCAAGGCUAAGACAGCGUCUGCCGCCAAGAAGAAGGCGGUGCGGGGCGGCGCGGGGGGUGCCGGGGGCGCGGGGAGAGGCUCGCCCGCCGCCGCGCCUAGCUGGAAGACUACUGUGGGUCACAAGCUGGGCACGAUGCCGAUGCCAAAACACAGCUCCGUCGUGAACACGCGCCCCGGCGUCUUCAAGAGCAGCAAACUGAGCUCGCUGUAGCACCGCGUUUCUCCAGAAGUGCCAGGACAUCCGUAACCUGGACACGUGCGACCACUACCGCUCCUUCAUGCUGGUGAAGACGGGCUGCGAGGCUGACGAUGAUGACGAUGACGACGAGCAGGCCUACCU